AUGGCUCAUAUUUUAAAUCAGUUGGUCAACGGUGAUUCUGACUCUUCGAGCGAUGGCUCGUUCGUGUUCGUUAAUCCGCUAGCGGAGAGCUCGGGUAAUUCCCCGCAGGGAAGCGAGAUCGAUUCCGCCGAUGAUAGUUAUUUCACUGCGGAACGAGGUGUAACCAACGAAGGCAAUAGGUUGGAAAUGGACCAACAUUGUGCCGAAGGUGGUGGCGAAUGGGAUCCGGAAGAACUAAUUGAAGGGUCGGAUCCGGAAGAAACGGAGGGUGAAGAAUGGGACUCAGAAGAAGCAUCUGAAGGGUCGCAUCCGGAAGAAGUGGAAGGUGAAGAAUUGGACUCAGAAGAAACAGUUGAAGGGUCGGAUCCGGAAGAAGCGGAGGGUGAAGAAUGGGACUCAGAAGAAGCAUCUGAAGGGUCGCAUCCGGAAGAAGCGGAGGGUGAAGAAUGGGACUCAGAAGAAGCAUAUGAAGAGUCGCAUCCGGAAGAAGUGGAUGAAGGAGAAGAUUCUCCAAACGAUAGCGGAACAGUCGUUAAUAUUGCUAAAACCGAGGCAAGCUCGGAUUACGAACAAGAGGCAACUAACCAGCACAAACUUACUUACUUGAUCAUGUAUGCGCUAGUUGGUUAG